AUGGUCGCCGCCGUACAGUCCCUGAGGCUGUGUGCGCGAGCCUGCAGCCGGGCACCCACCACCACGACCACCACACAAAGGAUAGCAGCGGCCUCGCAUUUCACGAGCUCGAGGCGUCCGUUCUCCUCGACGCGGGCAUGGCGCUCCGACGACGUUGACCGCGAGCAGCAGUCCAGCAAGCCCGAGGGCUCCAAUGCUGCCGCUCCCUCCACGAAAACUCCCGUGCCCCGACUCAGGAGAUCCGACAAGGUCGUGCUGGCUCUCCAGGAAGGCAUGACCGAGGAUGAAAAGGAUGCUUUCAAGCGGAUUCUCGAAUACACCGACGCGCACGAUAUGAAGGUGCCACCGCGCCGGGGACAGCGUGCGACUUUGGACCCUGAGGAGCUGGAGGCCCAAGCAGAUAAGAUUGAGGAGUACUUUCAAAACGUCAACAAGCUGCCCAAGGAGGCGGAUGAUGCGCUUAGGGACCUGGAGCAGACAUUCAACAAGGUUGACGAGAUGGCAUCGCCAGUCAUGGCAACGGUGCGCGUUGGCAAGAAUUCUUUCUGGGGAGAGGACGAGGAGGAUCAGGAUUACCUUACCAACGACAUUGACGAGGACGAUUUCGGCGAGGAGGACAUGAUGAGUAUGGCGCAUGGCAAGCUCGAGGAGCACCGAGAGUACAGAGAGUACGCCCGCAUUGCAGCGUGGCAAAUGCCGCUGCUUUCAAAAUUGGCUCGGCCAUUUGAGCCUCCGACCCAGGAGGAGUGUCUCCGAUUCCGAUAUACCACGUACAUGGGUGAGAACCACCCAGCACAAAGCAAGGUAGUGGUUGAGUUCUCCCCGAGAGAUCUUGGCCUCACUUCCGCACAACAAUGGAAGAUGAAGAAACUCUUGGGCGCUCGAUGGAACCCAGAGACAAAGAUUGCCAAGAUGAGCUGCGAGCAGUUUGAUCACCAGGCUCAAAACAAGAGAUACCUUGCUGAUCUCGUGAACAAGCUGAUCGUAGAAGCAAAGGACGAGACCGAUACUUUCAGGGACGUUCCACUUGACACUAGACACCAUAAAAUCAAGACGAAGCCAAAGUUUCCCAAGGAGUGGUAUAUGACGAUUGACCGAGUCAAGGAGCUUGAGGACCAGAGAGAGAAGGCAUUGCUACUUGAUCAGGCUAAGGAAGAUGCCGGCUCGCUUGUUGAUGGUUCCAAGGUGAUUGAGACACAUUUCAACAAGCCCGAGAUGAUUGCGAUCUCGGCACGACCUCGAGGUGCACCAAGCCUAUCCCCGAGGAGACGGUAG